AUGAACAGAGAAUCCCUCUUCUCUCCCAAAUGCGAUGACCUCUCCAUCCUCAUUUGCUUCUCCUCCAACGAUCUCCUAUCCUUGUCUCUUCAAGCUUCUUCUUCAAACGCAUUCCGUCAAAUAUAUAGUGACGUCUUCGUCUUCUCUUCCUUAAUUUUGAAUCAAAUCCUCGACGCUAGUGACGGCGUCUCUCCUAUGAAGUUGAUGAAAACAAUCGAUGAUGCGCGAAGAAAUGAUGAAGGAAGAAGAGAGAGUUUUGAGAUUUUUCUGAAAUUCUAUUAUAUAGAUGAGAGGAGUUGGUGA